AAAGAACAAAAAGCACUGCCACUUGGAAGCCAAGCCAGCACUCCUAGACAUUAAUUGCGCAGAUUGUAAACACUUUCAAUCCAUCGCCAUCAGUGCCACGCAUCCAAGUUUUACUCCGUUCUCAUAACCGAUUGCUCUGUUCGUCAAGAAACAUACAUUAACCAUGUAUGUCAAAGUGAAACAUCCUACAGACGAGAUCCACCAUGAUACGAUCAGAAAUGAUUCUCGCCAGCAGCUACCGUGUAUUAUUUUUGCAAUACCGUUUCCGAAGCCAACCCAGCACCAUCGCACACAUGAAAAGGUCCCGCAGUUUCUACUAUACACGUUGCCGCGUUCAGUUUAUGUAAAACCGACUAAGGAUCCGGUAACUGGAAAGCGAGGGAAGGAAAAGCUGGUCAAGAAGCUCGAGCGAAAGUGGCAAGAGGAGGUCAAAGAAGGGAAUGAUCUUAAAAGAGGCCAAAACAAAGAUGCAGGACGGUUAAAGCGAGCAAAAGGGGCAAUCGUCAGGUCUGCAGCUUCAACCAUUCAAUGGUUGCCCAACAAUGUGAUGGAAGUUCUGGCUAGGUUACCACCUCCCCGAAAAAUAGGAAAAGUUUCUAUCAUUUAUCCGGAAGCCGUAGAUAUGCCAUGGUUCAACGCAACUAGUUUAUCCAAACCUGAGAUGCAGAAGAGCUUAUGGGACCUUCUGAUGGAUGCCAAGAAGAGUGCAACAACAAAGAUCGCAUUGUCGGGGUGUUUCUUGCCUGUUACUCUGGCGAUUGAUAUACUGGUGAUAAUCCCAUUGUUCAUAUUCGAGAUCAACUUGGCUUACUUUAUGACCCAGCUAAAUGGCUUCAGAAAAACCAAGCAUUUCGCCGAGGCCAAAAAGCAGACACAGCAGACGACCUCACACGGAGAGGUCUUGGAUUCAGUCUUUGAAUUUGAAGGUGUUUCAGCGAAUCGGUUUACCAAAACGAUGAACCAUCUUUAUGGGAUUUGCUCAACACUUGAUCCGGUCAAGUUUCCGCGCCGUCGAGAAUUACCACCACCCACUUAUAUACCUCCGAAGGAUAUUGCAGCUGGUUUGAUUCAUAAAUUCAGAGAAUCUCUGAAUCCUGAUGUCGCUGCUCGACAUGUUUUGGACGACGAAUUGAUCGCGCUUGAUCUUGAUCGUGCCUUGAGGAAAGCAGCAAAAGAAUACAUCAAGAAGUUAGCUUGAAGAAAUUAGAACUGAAUCU